CACGGGGCGUCUCUCCUCGGCUGGCUCUUUCUCUCUCUCUCUCUCGUCCGUAUAACAAAUCUAGAAUAAACAAAAGAAUGGCGAUACGGAAGAGGAGCAGGUUCCAUUGCCCCCUCCCAUGUCUCUCUCUCCUCCUACUCGUCCUCUUCGCCGGCGGAGCGCCGCCGGGAUCGGCCGGCGGUCCAAUAAAGACGGUGGUGGUCCUGGUAAUGGAGAACCGGUCCUUCGACCACAUGCUCGGGUGGAUGAAGCAGCUCAACCCGGAGAUCGACGGUGUAACCGGCUCGGAAUGGAAUCCGGUCUCGGCCUCCGACCCGGCAUCCCCUCGGGUCUACUUCGGCGAUGGGGCCCACUUCGUGGACCCCGACCCGGGCCACUCGUUCCAGGCGAUCCGGGAGCAGAUCUUCGGGUCCAACGAUACGUCGGCGGCGCCGGCGCCGAUGAACGGGUUCGUGCAGAAUGCCCGGUCGAUGUCGGAGAACAUGACGGAGAGCGUGAUGAACGGGUUCAGGCCGGAGAUGGUGGCGGUCUACAAGACGCUCGUGGAGGAGUUCGCGGUGUUCGACCGCUGGUUCGCGUCGGUCCCGACGUCGACCCAGCCGAACCGUCUCUUCGUCCACUCCGCCACUUCCGGCGGCGCCACCAGCAACAACGUCAGUUUGCUAGUGAAGGGGUACCCACAGAGGACAAUAUUUGAGAACAUUGAUGAUGCUGGACUCUCUUUCGGCAUCUACUACCAGAACAUUCCUGCCACCCUCUUCUACCGUAACCUUCGGAAGCUCAAGUACCUCUUUAAGUUCCACUCCUAUGACCUCACGUUCAAGCAUCAUGCCAGCAAAGGCUCUCUCCCCAACUAUGCUGUCAUUGAACAGAGGUACUUUGAUUCCAAGCUUAAACCUGCCACUGAUGAUCACCCAUCUCAUGAUGUCUACCAAGGGCAGAUGUUCAUCAAGGAGGUUUAUGAGACACUCCGCGCCAGCCCCCAGUGGAAUGAAACUCUCUUAGUUAUCACCUAUGAUGAGCAUGGUGGCUUCUUUGAUCAUGUCCCAACACCUGUCAGGGGUGUCCCCAGCCCUGACGGCAUUGUUGGCCCUGACCCCUUCUACUUCACAUUUGACCGCUUGGGAGUAAGGGUACCAACAAUCAUGGUCUCCCCCUGGAUCGAGAAGGGUACUGUCAUUCAUGGUCCCAAUGGUGUACCAUCCCCAACUUCAGAGUAUGAGCAUUCAUCUAUCCCAGCGACUGUAAAGAAAAUCUUUGAUCUUCCCUCUUCAUACCUGACUGCGAGGGAUGCAUGGGCCGGCACAUUUGAAGGCAUCGUGCUAAGUAGGACAGAACCCAGAACCGACUGCCCUGUGCAACUUCCAACUCCUUCAAAGAUCAGGAAUGGUGAAGCCAAUGAGGAUGCCAAGUUGAGCGAGUUCCAACAGGAACUUAUGCAACUUGCAUCCGUGCUGAAUGGAGAUCAACUCCUUACCAGUUUUGAAGAGAAAAUAUUGAAGCAAAUGAACGUUAGAGAAGGGAUAGCCUACAUGGAGAAUGCAGUCAAGCGUUUCUUUGAAGCUGGAAUGACUGCAAAGAAAAUGGGUGUCGAUGAAGAAAAGAUUGUGAAGAUGAGACCAUCACUCACGACUAGGUCCUCAUCAACAACUGCCCAACCAUAGCAACAUUUUUAGUAUAAAAUGGUGCAUCUCUACACCAAGUAGGAUAGUGGCACAACUUAUGCUAGCAUGCACAAAAAAGAAUCAUUCUCAUGUAGUGCUAAUAUAGAAGGAAAUCUAGGAGGAAAUGUUUGUUCCCUGUCACUAAUUGUAUCUGAUGUCCCUGGAAAACACCUGAUCAUGAGAAUAAAUUAUUGCAAAAAUUUGAUAAGUA